AUGCCGACAUACAUCCGCACUUACUCCGGGGCUAGUGGAAGACACGGCAGUCGAGAAAGUUCCAGUAAUAACAGUAGCUAUCGAACUAGCACUCGUAUCGGUUCUAGCAGCCAUUCAUCUCCCGGUUACAGAGUUGUCUAUUCUUAUGACGACGACAGCGACUAUGGCAGCUACCGUAGCUCUUCCCGUCGGCUAGGAGCCUCUAACCAUCAUAGAUCGUCAAGCUACUCACCAAUGAGUGACCGAGACCGCAGAGGCCGUGCUGACGAGGAACGAUAUCAAAGUAGUUCUCGAGGCGAUGAUUAUUAUUCCACAUCGAGUGAUCGGAACUAUUCCGGGCCCUCGAGACUCGAUGACUUGUCCGAUCUCUUUUCUAGGCUUGAUAUAGGCCCUGCCAGUAACGAUUAUUAUACAGAGUCUGGAUCAUCCGGUCGCUCAACCCGGAGCAGUAAUGACCGGAGGGAAGACCCCGAUUGGCGGCGUGAAAUAUCAUCUAGUGACUACGAAUCUCCCACGGGUCGAUCAAGCAAUUAUGUCGAUGAAGAUGACGAUGAAGAACAAGUUCAUUACUCCAUAGAUACCACCAGCGAUGACCCUCGGCGUCAAGUACUUAGACGUCAUUUCACCGGUGAAAAUAUGGAGGGGGAUGUGGAUAUGUGGAUGACGCGAGAGGAAGAUGGCACCCCUAACGUUCUCGCGGAGAAAUUGAAGCCCUCCUGGGUAGAUGUCGCCACAUUGUGCGUUAUAACCGGUGUAUCCAAUAGUGUUUCUCACGGCAAGAUGAAACCCAAACUUGACAAGUUCAAGGAAACACACUUUAAUCAAUUAGCUAGUCACCGGGAGAAGAAAAAGAUUCAGGAAGUGGCAGGGAAGAGAAAGAAACUGGAGAAAGAGUUGGGCAAGUUAUUAGAUGAGAUAGAGCAACGGCGCUCUGCAUUGAAGAAGGGCUCGCUACCUCGUGAAGCGCGAACUUUGGACCAAGACAGACAUAAGAAUGUUGGUACCACCGCAGAGGCAGUUAUGAGGGAUACUCCUGAAUACUAUGAGUCCAAAGACAGUGACGAAGCUUUGGACCAAGACAGAUAUAAGAAUGUUGAUACACUCCCCCCUGGGAAUUAUGAAAUCGAGGAUGGCAAAUUGUUGUACAUGCCGUUUGAAACAGACCAAAAGGACUGGUUCCUCUCCCAGGGUGGUAAAUUCGUUGUAUCUUUGGAUAAACUUCGCUCUGGAAUAUGGGGAGUUACAGGUUCCAAGAUCUGUUAUGUGAAGUCGUCGAAGGGCAGAUUCAUUGACUUGGGGCCUGCACCUGCACCAUUGACAAAAUCCUCACCGUCCAGGCCAUCUAAUAAUAAGAAAAAGCCGUACAACCCCAGAGUGGUGAAAGCUAUCGGGUGGAUCGCCAACGCCUCACCAGAAAAGAGGGCGAAAGCUACACACGAGAAUGAUGAACGCAUAAUGAAAGUGAAGGAACAACGUGGAAAAGCCAAAUAG